AAAAAAUAAGCUCCAUGAUCGCCUCAUCUGUGCGGAUCACAGCCCUUGUUCUUUUUUACAGGGUUACAACUGUAGUUGUGGUGGUUGCGUUUGUUUCAAGUACUUCGGGUAAUGGUUCGACCGUGUUAGCCACUGCACGCUCUUUAAAGUUAGAAGCACAAGCUCUCCUCCGUUCUGGUUGGUGGAGUUGGUAUAGCAAUGACACUUCAAAUCGUUGCAACUGGCCAGCUAUAUCAUGCAAUAAAGCUGGAAGCAUAACCCACAUUCAACUUAGUGGAUGGACAAUCGGUGAUGAACUCGGAAAAUUCAAUUUCUCUUGCUUUCCAAACCUUGUUUAUCUUGGUCUUAAUUCCUCUGUUGUUACUGGCGGCAUCCCGCCUGAAAUAGGUGCCUUAUCAUCACUCAAGUACCUCGACCUGUCGGACAAUAAUCUAUCAGGUGAG